GUAUCAAGGAAGAAAAUUCAAUUCAAUGUGGGUGGGUAUGCAGAAGAAACUGGGCGGCCGCCCGCCCAACAUAGAACAGAAACAGUCGUAUACGCGCGUACAAUUCCUUGCAAUGAUCGAAUGAAUGUAGAGUAUAUAUAUUGGACCAACAGGCCGGCACCAAGCAAAAUCAAUCAGCUAGCUACUAGAAAUUAAGCAUUAUGUAUACGUUCAGUACGAGAAAGCAGCUGCCUUUCUCCUCUUUUCUUCUUGCUGCUUCUCUGCUCAUGAUGAUCUUUGUAUUCAUUUGCCAGCUUGAUGCAACACAGGCACAAGAAGUUGAGGAUGAAAGGGAGUUCGAUUACGACGAGAAGAGCGAAAAGGGCCCGGGGAGAUGGGGAGAGCUGAAGAAAGAAUGGGCUGCUUGCGGGGAUGGAAAGAUGCAGUCUCCCCUCGCCCUCUCCGCUCCGAUCAUUGAACGCCACGGCAGCGCUCGCAGGCCGGACGUCAAGAUCACUAGGAACUCUUACAUACCAGCGAAUGCUACUCUUCACAACCGAGGCCAUGACAUUUCCAUUGAGUGGGUGGGUGAUCCCGGGUCCAUUCCUAUCAAUGGCAAACACUUCUCCCUCAAAGCGGUUCAUUGGCACUCUCCUUCGGAGCACACUCUUCAUGGUACCAGGUAUGAUCUAGAGCUACAUGCAUUGCACAUGAAUACGGACCAAACGAGUGGAAAGAACACAACAGCUGUGUUUUCGAUUCUCUACCGCAUUGGUCAUAAACCCAACCGGUUUCUCUCCCGGCUGACGAAGAAAAUAGCAUCUAUGAUGGAUCUCGAAGGUGAAGUGAGAAAUGCAGGGUUUGUUGAUCCAAAUGAAAUCAAAUUCAUAAGCAAUGAUUAUUACAGAUACACGGGUUCUCUCACUACCCCGCCUUGCACCGAAGGCGUCAUUUGGACAGUCAAUAAAAAGAUAUACUCCGUUUCCAGGAAGCAAGUAAAGCUGCUUCGAGCAGCAGUUCAUGACUCAGCAGAAAGAAAUGCAAGACCUCUACAACCGCGCAACAAUAGAGAUAUAUAUCUCCGACUGUCGUCUUGAGUGAUCAAAUGAUCAUAGAUGAUUAUCAUUCAAGAGAAAGUUAUAAAUUUUGUCUCAUACCUUAUGCACAUGACAUACUCUUUUUUAGUCAUGUAACUUUAUAAGUACUUUUUUAUUUUGAUUUAUCAUGUAACUAAUAAAUUCAACUAUAUUAAAGACUUUUUCA